AUGUCGAUAAUUUCCAUAGAAAAUUUGUCUAAUGAAGUUUUUUAUAUAAUAUUCGAUUAUCUCGAUGGUUAUCAUAUUUAUAAGGCAUUUUUCAAUCUUAAUGAUCGUUUUCAACAGCUUCUCAAUUCUUCCUCUCUUCUAUUUAAAAUUAAAUUGAAUUCACCAACUGAUGAAAUAUACACAAAAAUUUUUGAACAACUUUUACUUAUUAACAGACAUCAAAUAUAUUCUCUUCAUUUAUGGAUAUUGCAGAAUGAACAUUUUUUCUCAUCGUUUCCAAUCGAUUCGUCAUUAGAUCAUCUUGAAUCACUUGCUCUUGCUCGCAUUAAACUAACUACACUUAGUUCACUUCUUUCCAAUUUAACUUAUCUACCUCGUUUAUUCUCAUUAACAAUCGAUGCAUGGCGUACGUUAAAAGAUUUAAGUGAUGUCUAUCGACUGAUUUUUACUUUGCUAAAAUUGAAAUAUAUAAAAUGUAUAGCAGAAGAUUUGAAAAGAUCCAUUUCGUUACCAUUUGCUUUAAAAAAUCAAACAAGUACAAUUGAACAUCUUGUUAUUGAUCAUUCUUGUACUUUCAAGGAACUUUCUACUAUAUUAUCUUAUACACCUCAACUUCGUCAUCUACAUUUUUCACAUCUGAACGAUAGUUAUCCAAUCAUUCAAAUUACUAUAUUACCAAUGAUAUUAUCAAAUUUAUCGUAG